CACGGGCCCGGCCCGCUGCGGGGGGAAGGGGGCCAUGGUGUCUCCUGCAGGGAGCGCGGCCGGGGCCCUGUGCCCCAGGGGCUUUGUCCCGGGGGGUGGUGGCUGUAGGGUUCCCCCCUGAGGGGAGUGCGACAGCGGAGCCGGAGCGGGAUCUCCCUGAUGGGAGAGCAGGGGCUGUGGGACUGUCCCAAGCGGGGGUGUCAGCGGGGCUGGGCCCCCCUCCUGGUGCCCCCGGGCCGUGCUGCAGGGCAGGCAGCGGUGCUGGUCUUGGUGGCCGUGCUGUGGGGCGGUACCGGACCCUUCCUGCGGGCGGGCGCGGCGGGGCUGGAGGAGCUGCGGUGCCCAGGCCGCCUGCAGCAGCUGCGGGCAGAGAUUCGCUUCCUCGGCCUCAACUACAAGUACAUGGUGCCCCUUCUGCUCAACCAAGGUGGAUCCCUCCUCUUCUACCUCACCCUGGCCUCCACAGAUCUGUCCCUGGCAGUGCCACUCUGUAACUCCCUGGCUUUGGUUGUCACCGUGGUGACUGGCAGGAUGCUGGGAGAGGACAUUGGUGGUCAAAGGGCUGUGGCAGGGAUGCUGCUCACUGCCUUAGGAGUCACACUCUGUCUGGCUGGGUCCUGAAGAUGUGGUGAGAAGCAGAGGAAGAAAACCUGUCUGAAGGUAACCCCUCUGGCUGACAGGAGGGAUCCUGGCUCUACAGCAGACUCUUUGCUCAGGUGGAAGCUGAAUUUUGACAUACAGAUAUCAAAACCCCCACGCAUGGUGUUCCCCAAGCUGCAGCCUGGAACAAGGCACAUUGCCAGGAGAGCCCAUUUAACAUCUUCAGUUAAGGGAUUUUUUUGUCUGUGGGUGCUUCAAAGCAAGAGUGAAUUGUCUUGUUCAGCACUGGAAGGAUAAUAAAUGGUUCCUAAGUGGUUCAAUGGGAGCUUCUGGGGCCAACUGGUUUUUCCCUAGAAGGAAUCUGAUGAGGAACUCUCCCCUCAUGCUGAGGUCAUUUCAUCCCUUUUCUCCCCUGGAGUCCUGUAGAGCACCUCUCUAGGAAGGAUGAUUUCCUUUUCAGUGGAAUUAUCAGAUCAAAACCACCAGGUGGAUCACAGGAAAAAAAAAUAAUAAUAAAAAAAAAUCUUUGUUCCCCUUACAAUUACUCAGGAACACCAGGGAGGGGAAAACAGAGAGCACACAGAGCUGUUUAUUACUGUGACUUCUCCUGAAUGCUCAUAAACCAAGAAAACCAAACUGUGUAUCUUUCUGAGAACAGGUUUGAUUGCUGCAAAUAUUAUCCCAGCAUUCCAAGUCAGAGGGAGAAGGAUUGGAUGAAAUUUCUUUAUAAGAAGUACCUGACACAGAACUACACAGAACAAACUUCUGGCAGGGAUUUUGUCAUCAAGGCAACAGUUCUGGGUGGGGACUCCUCCUUCCCAAGGUCACGUUCAAAACCAGUUUAUCUGGUGUCAGCAAGGCAGCCACCUCCUCUGCCACAUCAUCACAACAGCCAGAUGAAGAGAGGAGGGAGAUUUUCAUUAUUACCAGUGUUGGGUUCAUUGCUCACCUAUGCUCUGCUUCUCAAGCCCUUGAAAUCCAUGAGAGUGCUUGAAUUCAGAGUUUGUUCAAUCAUCAGAAUUCAUCAUUCAGUUCAUCAAAAAGUUUGGCCUUGGGCUGAGGUGUGGCAGAGGCUGAGGACUCAGAUGCUUUGGUUACCUGCAGACUGUCCCUGUCAGGUCCCUUUGUGAACUCCUCACAACAGCCACAGUCUUUUGUGACUUCUCUGCCUUUCUGCAGGGAGAAAGAAAUACAAUAAUUAAUGUAGCACUUUGCUGUUACAGAAAGAUUCUGGGACUAAAUUCCUGGAUUCUGUUCCCAGCCUUACCACAGCUUUGGUAAGCUCCACAUUUGGGUCUCCACAUUCAAGUCAAAAGGUAUUUUAAUGACAUUUCAGUGACUGAGUGCUCACCCAGCUCCACACUGAGCCAAGAAUCACAACCAUCAGCUAAUUCUUUACUAGGGCUUUCUCUAAUUUAAUUUCACAGGACUUGUUUUCCUUUGUAGUUCUAAUAAAUCCAGAGGCUACCUGGGCAGAGCUGGGAAUCACCUACAAUCCAGCACCCUCAUCCCAUUACACCAGUGGUAAACAGUCUUGUGGAAAUUUUAAAACAGCAUCUUGGAGACAUUUUUAACACAUAACUUUUUGGUUUCCCUUAAAAAGAAGGUAUCAAUUUAUUACUACCUAAUAAAGGUGUUCAGUCAUU